GUCUCGUAGCAACCUCUGUACACACAGAAGUCUUAAAAGAAAGAAGUGAAUUAAACGUGUGAAGCUAAACGGGUGCGUUGGAUGAAAAAACAAAUGAAAGCAUCGUAAAUAUCAUAUAAAACAAUGGUUAAACAAACGAUUCAAAUUUUUGCCCGUGUGAAACCGACGAAGAAACCCACCGCGGACUACUCUGUGGACUGUGAGGAGCAGGGCAGUAAUUUGGAGUUUGUGGUUCCCAGAGACUUGGCAGAUGGUUUUAUCAACAAUAAGAGGGAAAACUACAAAUUCAGGUUUCAGAAGGUUUUUGACCAAAGAGCCAGUCAAGAGGAAAUCUUUGAGACCAUUGCCAAGCCUGUUGCUGAUAAGUGAGUUGACAUUUUUUCUUCUCUGAAAAGAAAGCUCAAGCAUGCUUUUAAAGCAUAACAUUUCACAAACACAUUUCAUUUUAAAUGAGAAAACAAUAGAUAUGUAUACUAUUCAAAAUUAAGAAAAAAGUAUUUGGACACAAAUGUGAUGAAACAUGCCAGUAGUUAAUGUAUUGUACUACACCUUUAGGACACAUGCAUUCAGUAAAAAGACCUUGUGACUAAAUUAAGGAUCACUUACAUUGAUAUUUUGUUAUCUAUGCAAUAAAGCAUUGUUUGCGUGGCUUAUUAGGGGUAUAACGGUACAUGUAUUCAUCCCAAACCGUCACGGUAUGGACGUCACGGUUCGGUGCAUACAGUCAGAUGACACAAAUACAGUCAGGCUAUCCAACAUCCAAUUUAGAAGGGGGCAUGCGCAGUAAUGCAUU